GAGCUAAUGGUGCAGGAGGAGGAAGGUCGGUGCAUAAAGGACAGUGCUGCCCAGUGAGAGUCUACAUUGACAGCAGAUAUGGGAUCAAGCCGUUGGACAUGUGUGAUCAAUCUGUGGCUGCUGGCCUUUCUGGCCUUUUUCUCUCUGACUGAUGGAUCUCCAUUGCAAGUGAUGUCUGCCCCCAACUUGUUGCGGGUAGGAACAGCAGAAAACAUCUUUGUGGAGUGUCAAGAUUACACAGGAGCAGACAUUCCAGCUGAAAUCAUUGUGAUGGACCAUCCAACCAAAGCCAAAAGGCUGGCGUCCACAACUGUGACCCUCACCAGUGGAAACAACUUCCAGCAGCUUGCUCAAAUAAUGAUCCCUACUGGUGACUUCAGUAAAGAUCCCAGCAUCAAGCAGUACGUGUACCUGCAGGCUCAGUUCCCUGACCGACUGCUGGAGAGAGUCGUCUUGGUGUCCUUCCAGUCCGGGUACAUCUUCAUCCAGACUGACAAGACCCUCUACACCCCUGAGAGCACAGUUCUUUACAGGAUGUUUGCAGUGACACCCCUCAUGGAGCCUGUAGAAAGGGACGAGGAAAACAGAUGGGAUGCUUCUAUUGCCAUUGAGAUUGUGACCCCUGAGGGCAUCAUUUUACCACUUGAUCGAGUCUCUCUGAAAUCAGGGAUCCACUCAGGAGGUUACAGACUUGGUGAAAGUGUCAGUCCCGGACUCUGGAAGGUAGUGGCCAAGUUCCACAACAGCCCACAGCAGAGCUACUCUGCAGAGUUCGAGGUGAAAGAAUAUGUGCUGCCCAGUUUUGAGGUGAAGCUGACGCCUGGGAGCCCCUUCUUCUAUGUAGACAGUCCAGACCUCACCGUCAACAUCAGAGCUACGUAUCUAUUUGGUGAAGAAAUGGAUGGGAUGGCAAACGUGAUAUUUGGGGUUAUGCAAGAUGGUCGAAAAAGGAGCUUUCCAGGUUCUCUUCAGAGAGUGCAGAUUGUGAGAGGUGUUGGAGUAGUCAUGCUGAGGAGAGAGCACAUCAUAGAGACCUUCCCAAACAUCCUCGAAUUGGUGGGGAGCUCCAUAUAUGUUGCUGUCAGUGUGCAGACAGAGAGCGGUGGUGAGAUGGUGGAGGAGGACUUAAGAGGUAUUCAGAUUGUCACAUCACCGUACACCAUCAACUUCAAGAAAACACCCAAAUACUUCAAACCAGGAAUGGUCUUUGAUAUAGUGGUUGAAGUCAUGAAUCCUGAUGAAACUCCUGCACAAGGUGUUGCAGUGGUGGUUGAUCCAGGCCAGGUGACGGGUGUCACUGAAGCCAGUGGAAUGGCAAGGAUUACCAUCAAUACAGUGGAAACCAGUGGAGAACUACAGAUUACAGCAAAGACCAGUGAUCCUCAUAUUACACUUGAAAGGCAAGCAUCGGCCACCAUGACAGCUCUCCCACAUAGUACUAAAAACAACAAUUACAUCCACAUAGGUGUGAAUACAGCUGAAGUCACGUUAGGAGAAAACCUUAAAGUCAACUUCAUGCUAACCAAGCAUGAGCAAAUCGACAUCACAUACCUAAUCCUGAGCAGAGGUCAACUGGUGAAAAAAGGCCGAUACCACACAAGAGGCCAAGUAUUGAUUUCCCUGAUAGUUCCCAUUACCAAAGAAAUGCUGCCAUCAUUCCGCAUCAUAGCCUACUACCAUACAGAUGACAAUGAAGUGGUAUCAGACUCUGUAUUGGUGGAUGUCAAGGACUCCUGCAUGGGCUCGUUGAAGUUGGAAUCAUCCAGACCUGUUCCAUCCUUUGAACCUCGCAGGAUGUUUCGUCUGAAGGUCACAGGAGACCCAGAGGCCACAGUGGGACUGGUGGCAGUUGAUAAAGGCGCCUCUGUCCUCAACAACAAGCACCGCCUCACUCAGAAAAAGGUGUGGGACAUUGUAGAGAAGUCUGACACAGGCUGCACACCAGGUGGAGGGAGGGACAGCAUGAGUGUGUUCUAUGAUGCUGGACUGUUGUUUGAGUCCACUGCCUCUGGGACUCCCCACAGAAAAGAGUUGAGUUGUCAAGGCCCCAGCAGGAAGAAACGAGCUGAGGAAGAAGAUUACAGUUACAUGGACAGCAUUGAAAUUGUUUCUCGCACCUGGUUCGCUGAAAGUUGGCUGUGGUCAGAUAUCAAACUGCCUGCUUGCCCUCGACAAACACCAAACUGUGACACCACAUCAGUGCAGCAAAUGUUUCCUCUGCGAGACUCAAUCACAACCUGGCAGUUCAUUGGCAUUAGCCUGUCAAGAACCCACGGUAUCUGUGUGGCUGAUCCAUUAGAGGUCAUUGUGCGAAAGGAUUUCUUCAUUGAUCUCAAACUGCCGUACUCUGCUGUCCGUGGAGAGCAACUGGAAAUUAAGGCUAUCCUCCAUAACUACAGCCCAGAUCCUAUCACUGUACGUGUGGAUCUGAUUGAGGAGGUAAAUGUGUGCAGUUCAGCUUUUAAGCGUGGGAAGUAUCGUCAGGAAGUCAAAGUCGGGCCCCAAGCUACUCGAUCUGUACCUUUCAUCAUUAUUCCCAUGAAGGAAGGACAAUACCGCAUAGAGGUCAAAGCAGCUGUCAAAGACUCUUCACUCAGUGAUGGGAUCAAGAAGACACUGAGGGUGGUGCCUGAAGGUGUCCUGAUAAAAUCCCCAAAGAUUAUUACACUCGACCCUGUUAAUAGAGGUGUGGGUGGUAAACAGGAGGAAAUUAUCAACAGCGAAAUUCCCCUGACUGAUUUGAUUCCAAACUCACCCGCUAGCACAAUAAUCUCUGUGACAGGAAGAGAACCAGUCAGUUCACUGGUGGAGAACGCCAUCAGUGGGACAUCAAUGGGUAGUCUGAUCUUCAGGCCUUCAGGGGAUGGAGAGUCAAACAUGAUCCACAUGACUCUGCCUGUCAUUGCAACCAUGUAUUUGGACAAAACCAACAAAUGGGAAACUGUGGGCCUUGAGAAACGUAACGAAGCCCUUCAACACAUCAAAGUUGGCUACCAGAACCAGCUUGCCUUCCGAAAAAAUGAUGGUUCUUUUGCUGUAUUCCCCAACCGGCCAAGUAGCACCUGGUUGACAGCUUAUGUCACCAAGGUGUUUGCCAUGGCUAACAAUCUGGUGCCAAUGCAAAGGGACGUCAUCUGUGAUGCUGUCAAGUUUCUGAUUCUCAACACACAGCAACCUGAUGGCAUGUUUAGAGAAGUUGGAAAGGUCUACCACGGAGAGAUGAUUGGGGAUGUGCGUGGAACAAAUUCAGAUGCCUCCAUGACGGCCUUCUGUCUCAUUGCCCUGCAGGAGUCACGCACUUUAUGUGCUGCCACUGUUAAUACUCUGCAAGGCAGUAUAGACAAAGCGGUGGCCUUCCUGGAGACAUGUCUGUCCAGCCUCACAAACCCAUAUGCUGUGGCCAUGACAUCAUAUGCCCUGGCCAAUGAAAACAAACUGAACCGGGAGAUCCUCUACAACUUUGUCUCCCCAGAGUUGUCUCACUGGCCUGUAUCUAAGGGACGUGUUUACACACUGGAGGCCACAGCUUACGCUCUUCUUGCUCUGAUCAAGGCCAAGGCCUUUGAGGAUGCCCGACCUGUUGUCAGAUGGUUCACGCAACAGCGGAAGGUGGGCGGAGGUUAUGGAUCAACUCAGGCAACAAUCAUGGUGUACCAGGCUGUGGCUGAGUACUGGGUCAGUGCUGGUGAACAAGAGUAUAAUCUGGAUGUGGACAUCCUGAUGCCAGAGGCAUCAAGGGCUCACAAGUAUCGCUUCAACCGGGAAAACCUCCACACCACAAGAACAUCAGAAUUCAUUGGUAUAAAUAAGGAUGUAAAGGUGACGGCCAUGGGAAAUGGAGAAGCAACGUUGACAAUGUUGUCGCUGUACUACGCUCUGCCUACACAAAUGGAGAGUGACUGUCAGAAGUUUAACUUGUCAGUGCAGCUCAUCCCAGAUAAAUUCAGUGGAGAUGAGAUGAUAUACAGGCUGAGAAUAGAGGUCUUGUAUAACGACAAUGAGCGUGAUGCAACCAUGUCAGUCUUGGAUAUUGGCUUGUUAACUGGCUUCACUGUUAACACAAAUGACCUGGACGUACUGUCCAAAGGACGUGCCCGCAUCAUUUCAAGAUAUGAGUUGAACACUGCAUCAGAACGAGGAUCGCUCAUCAUCUACCUGGACAAAGUUUCUCACACACGACCAGAAGAGAUCACAUUUAGGACCCAUCAGAUGUUUAAAGUAGGCGUCUUACAACCAGCUGCUGUGUCUGUCUACGAAUACUAUGCUCAGACACCGUGUGUGAAAUUUUACCACCCAGAGAGGAGAAAUGGAGAGCUACUGCAGCUCUGUAGAAAUGGUGAAUGCAUGUGUGCUGAAGAGGAAUGUGGUAUGCAGAAAAAGGGCCCAAUCAGCAACGUUGAACGUAGAGGCAAGGCUGGUGAGAUCACACCUGCCAGCCGAAUAGAUUCUGUGCUCAAAGUCAGAGUGGAGAAUUUCACAGACGGUUUGUCCAUCGAUAUUUACACAGCACGGAUAGUUCAAGUCAUCAAGGAAGGAAGUGGUUCGCAUUUUCUGGGUAAACCCUUUAGAUUCAUCAGUCAUCCACACUGCAGAGCAGCUUUAGAUCUGAGACCAGGCAAAACCUACCUUAUCAUGGCCGGAUCCAAAGACAUUCACAGAGAUGAACAGAGUCGAUCGUAUCAGUAUGCACCUAGUGAGAGAACCUGGAUAGAGUACUGGCCAACAGACGCUGAGUGUCAGACUGCAGCAUACAGACCAACCUGUCUGGGCAUCAAUGACCUUGUCAAUUUGUACGAACUCUUUAGAUGUAUAUAAUGGCUUUUGUUUUGCAUUACUCUAAAAAUGUCAAACUCUGAUUGCGCUGAGAUAUGGAAUGCAGAAGUCACAGUUUUGGAGUUCAUUCUGUUGAUUAAAAUAAGUCUAUAUGGUGUCAUGUGA